GCUGUGGUGGUGGGUGGGAUCCAAUGAUGCCUUGGUAACAAUUUUGGUGGUCGCUAGUUUAGCAGGUGCAGCAGUACGUUUAUGGGAGUGUUUCCGUCAUGGAUUCGCAAAAAGAGGCACUACAGAGGAUUAUUGGAAAUCUGGCAAACAAGAAUGAUGAGAUGCAGAAUUUCAUUGACACCUUAAAUCAUGCAUUAAAGGGCGUGCAGGCGAAUUCCGCCAGCGUGAUUGGAGACUUGGACGAAGAGUUUGAUUCACUUUAUUCUGUGCUAGAUGAGAUGAAGGAGAGCAUGACCAACCGAAUCAAACAAGAACAAGCACAUAAAACUCAGGAGCUUCAGAAUCAGUUGACUCAAUGUACUAGUGCCUUAGAAGAUGCAGAGGAACUACUGGAAUUUUCCACUCGAGCAUUAAGCAUAAAGAAUCCUGAAGAGUUCUCAAAGGCUGCCCGACAGAUCAAGGAUAGUGUAACCAUGGCCCCUGCAUUUCGCCUAUGUUUGAAACCAAAGGUCAGCGAUAACAUGACUCAUUUGAUGGUUGAUUUUUCUCAAGAGAAGAAAAUGCUUCAGGCUUUAAAAUUUCUACCAGUCCCCAAGGCUCCAGAGAUCGAUUCUGACAAAUGUCUAGUGGCUGAUAACUGUAUAACUGUGAAGUGGAAAACUCCUGAGGAAGACAGCAAAAUUGAUCACUACAUAUUGGAGUAUAGAAAAACCAACUUUGAGGGACUGCCAAGGGUCAAGGAUGAGCGUUGCUGGGAGGUAGUGGACAACAUCAAGGACACAGAGUAUACAUUAACAGGUCUAAAAUUCGAUUCAAAGUACAUGAAUUUCCGUGUACGAGCUUGUAAUAAAGCCGUGGCUGGAGACUUCUCUGAUCCUGUUACUUUGGAGACCAAAGCCUUGGUCUUCAGCUUUGAUGGCACUUCCUCACACCUGAAUUUGAAAGUGGAGGAUUCUUGGAUUGAGUGGGAUUCUACAGGUGGAAAAGGUCAAGAAACUAAAGUAAAAGGCAAGGAAAAUAAAGGGAGAAGUGGUACACCUUCACCUAAAAGAACAUCUGUUGUGACCAGACCUCCCUCUGUGAAAGGUACAAGGGAUCGCUUCACAGGAGAAGCAUACACAGUUUUAGGAGAUGUGGUUAUUGAAAGUGGGCAGCAUUACUGGGAGAUAAAGGCACAAAAGGACUGCAAGUCUUAUAGUAUUGGAGUGGCAUACCGUAGCCUGGGGAAAUUUGACCAGCUGGGGAAAAACAACAUAUCCUGGUGCAUUCAUGUAAACAACUGGUUGCAGGCCACCUUCUCAGCAAAACACAACAACAAAGCUAAACCAUUGGAAAUGCCAGUUCCUGACAGGAUAGGCAUUUAUUGUGACUUUGAUGGAGGGCAACUCUCCUUCUUUAAUUCAGACUCCAAGCAAUUGCUUCAUACCUUCAAAACAAAAUUUACACAACCCUUAGUCCCAGCUUUUAUGGUAUGGUGUGGUGGACUAACAUUAUAUACUGGACUUCAGCAACCAAGCUUUUUGACAUCCCUUGAAAAAAAUGAUUCUGAAAUGAAUGGUUCAAGUAGUGGCAUAAUCAAUGGAGAUUAAUUUUAGGAGUGAUUGUACCUCGCCAGUGUCUUUACACAUAGCUGCUGAGCAAAGAAGUACCCAUGCUUUAGUCCAACCGCACUUCAUCUGGCUGAUGGUUAAUGGGAAAGAGCCGCACUUCUUACUACAAGCAUAAGGAAGAGUAACUCAGCAAUUCAGCUUUGUGUGUGUGAUAGAAAGAAAACUGUAGAAACUACUUUGAUUACAAGAGGAGAUAUAUGGCUUUACUUCUAUAGAAAUUCUAGGUAUAAAGUAAUUAGUACUGGGGUGGACUUUCAUUCUGCCAUGUUUGCUCAGCCACAGCAUCUCUAAUAAGUGGAAAUGUAAUUGUAAUUUGGGAUUAUAAACAUUUCUUGCAGAAGGUGUUUUAGUUCUGCCCAUUUAUGAGAGUCAGACUCUUCGGUGAAGAAUUGCAAGAUACAGUGCUGUAAAUGUGGCAUUCCGAAAUGGUUUUGUUUUUAAAUUUACAGCAUUUUAGUUGUACUUAAUCUCCAUGCGUACAGUUUUGUUAACCUUAUCCUCUAAUGUCUUAAAGAAAAUCUUUAAGUCUAUAACCAGAACAAACCUAAAAUGAGUGAAUCAGUGUUAUUAGCCCUAUUGCUGUGCCUUUAUUGUAACUGAACUCAGGUCUUCCUUAUCCCACAUGCAGGAGUCUGCCAGCUGCAUAAACUAUAUCUGUCAACUUUUUUGCUAAGAAUUCUGGACAAAUGCAAAAAAUAAUGGGGGGGGACAAGGGUCCAAAAUUGGGGGCAAUUUUUAAAUAUUCCUUUAGUACACUUGAAGAGUUACUAGAGCAACGGUGUUUGCAUCAGCAUGUGUUUUCUGAACAAUUAAGCAGUAAAACCUGAAUGUCUGGCAUUUAUUGACUUUUGUAAUGCUUAAUAAUUUACCAGAAAAUCAAAAAAAUAUGUGAGGGACAGGGUAAAUGUGUGAUGCAAAAUCAGGUACAUUGUGCAGAAUCAAGGACAGUUGGCAGGUGUGCAUCAUAGGGAAGUGCUUAGUAAUAUUUACUUGGCCAGAUCAUGCAUUUAUUGAAAAGAGGUUGCAUGGUAUGUCUUGCCCUUGAUGCAGCCACCAUUGUUGAUUGUGUUAUAUUUGUAGGUGAGAGUGAACCCCUACCCCAUCUGUAUGUUAGGUGUGGUAAACGUGCAUCAAACUGAAAAAAUGGUUGAUUACUUCUGUUGUGGUCAACUCAGUUUAUGAAGUAAUUCCAUGGAAUCCCACAGACUGAACAGUUUUUACAGCAGAUCUAUUAAGGAAAGAAAUUACUGCUCAUUUCAAGCUGACCAGUCUUCAUGUUGAGUAGAGAAUACACUGUUGUUUUUGUAGCACUGCAUUUUAUUAUGAGUUCUCUGCAAACAUGGGACUCUAAUGUUCUUGACAUACAUAUAUAUGUGUGUGUAGUAUA